AUGACCUCCUCUGGCGGCAUCCACCAGCACAGCCAGAGCCACGCCAUCCCCACCAGGAUGGUGCCCAUCAGCAACUCCUCGCAGCUACCUCAUGACUAUUGCACCACGCCCAGAGGGACCCUGUUCUCCACCACUCCUGGAGGUACCCGAAUCAUUUAUGACUGCAAGUUUCUGUUAGAUCACUGCAAUUCUCCUAUGGCUCAGACUCCUCCUUGCCACCUUCCGAAUAUCCCAGGAGUUACCAGCCCUGGCUCCAUGACUGACGAUUCCAGAGUGGAAGUAAAUAAUCUGAACAAUCAUGAAGGGAAGCCUAUAAUUGGUGAUGAUGCUCACUUUGAGAUGGACAUCUGAACUUCCUUGAGGGUAACCAUGGAGAGACAGCAACUCCUGAUCACCUGUGCACAUCCAAUUCGGCCGUCAGGAUCAAUAACUUGAAGGAUGGAAGAAGCAGCCGCUGUUUCCAGUAGCAUCCUCACUUCAGCUUUUGAAGUGCCAAAGGAUAAGAGGACGAUGUCCCACUCCCACCUCUGCCAUCCCCUUGAUACCUAUUAGCCAUGCUAUGCUUCCCCUACCCCUCUUCUUCCCUCCCUCACUUUUUUUUAAACCUCUCAUCUCCCUGGUCUGUGACUGAAUUGAAGCCCAUGGUAAAUUUAUAGAGCUAAGGAAUAUAUUUUGGCUUCUCGCACUUUAGAGACAACUUACCAAAUCAUGCACAUGCGAGAAUGUGCUUCCAUCAACAAUUGAUAUUUAUUGCAAAACACAAAAGGGCCAUGGAAGGGGUGGAUAUAUGCUUGAAGGGACCUGAUACUGCCGUCGUUUUCCUCCCCCUUAACUGAUGUUAACCUGAUGCCAGUUCAUUAACCAGUUUUGAUGUGUCUUUUCUUGAUGUGCGGAAUCCUCUUCCUUGGGUUCUAAUUCUUGUUCCUCAACUGGUUCUAACUAGAUAGUCUAUUUUUGCAUAUGGACGCAGUCUGCUGAAUGAGCAUUGCUGUGAUUUCUUUUGUCCUUUCCCUUAAUAAGUUCCUAUCCUGUAUCUUUAGAACAGGUGGACAACUUAGAAAGAGCCAUUGCUUCAUCAUACACCCAUUUCAUUUUUCAUUUCAUCCCAAGGAGUGCCUCCUUGAACCUCCCAUUUCUGAGGGGGGAAAACCUUCCCAUUUCAAUUUCUUUGUUUGAACCCAUCAGUGUUAAAGGGGAACCACAUUUUCUUCUGAUAUAAUUUGGGAGUACCAUGCUUGAUGGUUCUCAAUACUGUGUGUCCUCAGUCCUUCAAUUUUUGCUGCUGUUUUAAAGUCUUCUGGAUUCU